CCACGCACCGCCCUUCUCGUCUCUCUAAUUUCUCUUUUUAAUAAAAUCUUCAAAAAUCUUCCCCCAGCCCCAAUUCCCUAAUUUCCCAAUCUUCCCAGUCUUAAUCCUCUUCUUCGUCCCUAAUUUCCCACCUACUUAAUCCUCGUAAUCUCCGCCUCCUCCUCCUUCCCCAUCCGUCCUUUAUAUAUAAUACCUCUCCCAAUGCAUUUCCUCUCUGUCUCCUCCUUUCUUAACGGCCAUGGACGCCGUUAACGCCCACCCCUCUCCGCCAUCACUCCCGCAACCACCACACCAACAGCAUUUGUCACCUCCGUUAAGCGCAGGCACGCCGCCGGAACGGGGCCUGCUUCCGCCGUUGAGGUAGAUCGCCGUGUGCAUGACAUGGGGAAGAAGAGUGUGUACAGUCAGGCGUCGUUUAUGCAAUGGACGGUUGCUGAUGCCGUCCACGUGGCUAGAUUCCAUUGGCUACCCUGCUUGUUCGCUCUCGGCCUCCUCUUCUUCAUGGCCGUCGAGUAUACCCUCCGGAUGGUGCCCUCGUCCUCGCCGCCGUUCGAUUUGGGUUUCGUCGCCACUCGGUCCCUUCACCGACUCCUUCAAUCGUCGCCUCAGCUCAACACUCUCCUCGCCGCCCUCAAUACGGUGUUCGUAGGAAUGCAAACAACUUAUAUCCUUUGGACUUGGCUCAUCGAAGGACGCCCCAGAGCCACAAUCUCAGCUCUCUUCAUGUUCACAUGCCGAGGCAUUCUAGGCUCUGCCACUCAGCUUCCGUUACCUCAGGGUUUUGUGGGAUCAGGGGUGGAUUUUCCGGUGGGGAACGUAUCGUUCUUUCUGUUCUUCUCCGGGCACGUGGCGGGGUCGGUGAUAGCGUCGCUGGACAUGAGGAGGAUGAAGAGGUGGGAGCUUGCGUGGACGUUCGAUGUGUUGAAUGUGCUUCAAGCCGUGAGGUUGCUGGGGACGAGAGGCCAUUACACCAUAGAUUUAGCAGUGGGCUUGGGAGCUGGAAUUCUGUUUGAUUGUUUGGCUGGCAAAUACGAAGAGAGCAAGAAGAAGACAAUUCCUUCUUCCUGCAACGGCGCCACCAAAGAGGCUCUCCUAGUGUCCUUUACCGCUACUAACUAGCUAAUUACUAAUUAGGCAUUUUCUGUAAGAUAUAUGUAACUUUUAUAUGUUAUUUAUUUAUAUGAAAAGGAAUUAGAGGGUCUUGGAAAUU